GCAUCUGUCUAUGCUAUAUAUGCUUUAUGGCCGGUGGCCUAUGGUCGAGUUAUGGUGUUUGUGUUAUUUGGUUAUAGUAAUAUUUGUGAAAACUGAAACAUCUGACUGUACUUAUUCAAACUAUACAGCACUAAUGACUGCUAAUAAGCAGUUAGCUUUUAGCUAAAGUUGUUAUUUUAUCAUUAUAAACACAAGGAUCAUUGACUAUCCACCUGUCAUCGUGUCUUCAGCGGACUGCUGUUGUUCUCAGGUACCAAUAUGAUUUCAGAUGAGUCAAGCAGUGAUUCUGAAACAGGUCGAUUCAAGGGUCGUACAAAAACACAAGAAGAAAGGCCUUCAAAUUUAAGGGCUGACAACCCUAGAGAUUCAGGAAGAAGUAGGCCCUCAGGCCAUGAAAGAUUUAACAGGAACUUUGAUAGAAAGAGAGAAGAUAGGGAUCAUGUAGACAGGCAUUCAAGAGAUAGGGAUAGAGACAGGCACAGGUACUCUAGACAUUCUCCUAUUAGAAGGAGGCACUCUAGAGAUAGAAGUCCAAGACAUGAUAGAAGCAGACACAAAGAUUUAAGUGAUAAACCAAAAACUGUUAAAGAACACAGAAGUAGUAGUAGGGAUAGACAUAAACACUCUGGAUCUGCAUCUAGGUCUCAUGUCGCACAUGAUAAUAGGAGAGAAAGAGAUGUCAAGGAGGAACGGCGUCACACAGAGCGAGCUAAGAGUCCUGAGAGGCCUGUUAAGAAAUCAAGAGAAAAAUCUCUGUCCCCUGAACAUAAAGUGAAAAGAUCCGAAAUAUAUAAACCCCCACCUACUGUUCCAGUAAAGCGGAGAAGCGAAAGCCCCAUUGUAAUUGAAGAACAUGACACUGAUGCCUCUGAGGAAGUGUUACCUGGCUCCUACUAUAACAUGAUACCAGCUGUCAUAAAAGAAAAAUCAGAGGACUCCAGUGAAAUCGAUUCCUCUGAUGAUGAAAGACUAAGGGCAAAACUUUUGAAUCUAGAAAAAGAACUUAUCAAGACGAAAAAGAAAAAGCAUAAGAAAAAACACAAAAGAAAAAGUUCAAAGUCCAGUAAAGACAGAGAAAGAGAUUCUUCAAUGUUAGUAGAAGUAAGUAGCACAACUGAUAUUGACCUAAAAGCUGAUGUUCCCAUGGAUGAACCAGAGGUCGUGGAGGAGGUCACAUCUACACAAAAAGUGGCACAGAAGGAUAGUUGUGAAGAAGGUGAGAUAUUAAGUGAUGACUCUCUAAGUGAAAUGGAAAUUGAUCCAACAGAUUUACGGCACAAGCUAAGACGUUCGACCCCUAAAGCCGAUAAAACAGCGAUCGACGUGUGUGGGCCCGCGCUGCCCCCUCACCUCGAGAAGCGGUUUGAUCGGAGUGCUUCACCAGAUACAGAGGGACCAGCUCUACCUCCUCAUUUACAAAAAAAGCCGAAAAAUAUAGGCCCAUCUAUUCCUGAUAAUAUGCGUAAAACACUAGCUGAGAAGGAACGCGAAGUUAUCAAGUAUGAGAGUUCAGAUGAAGAUAUAGGCAUUGGUCCACUACCCGUCGGUUCUGAAGAGAAGUGGUCCGACGCUCACCGGCGCCUUGAAGAACGGGCUUUGGACAUUAAAAUAAAGAAUUUAGAUGGACCAUCAGAGUCCUCAAAUGUAAAAUCUAGAGAAAAAUGGAUGUUGGAGUUGCCAGAAGGAAAGGCGAAAAUAUUAGGGUUAGAGGCUCGAAGCUUCCGAGCGAAGGCGGGUCCAGAUAUGUCUGACAGAUCAAGUUGGACAGACACUCCUGAGGAGAAAGCAAGGAAAGCUGCCGGUUUGGCGAAGGAGGAAGAUAUAGAGUUAUCAUUAAAGGAAGAAGCCAAGAUGCGACACAUCGCCAACAGGGAUGAAGAACAGGAAUCUGCUGUCAAAAAACAUAAAAAGAAACACAAGAGAGAAGAAAGCCUGCUUGAUCUGCAUCAAAAGAAGUUGAAAAAGAAGAAAAAGAAAGAAGAAAAAGAGGAUGGCAAAAAAGAGCGACGGCCCUUCAGCCGUGACGUGGACCUUCAAGUGAACCGCUUCGACGAGGCGCAAAAGAAAUCUAUCAUAAAGAAAGCGCAGGAAUUGAACACGAGGUUCUCGCGAGGCGAAGCUAAGUAUUUGUAAAUACUUUCCAUAACAGACAUUACAAGAGUACAGAUUAGUGACAUUGAACAUGUACACAUGUUCAAUGCAAAUUGUAAUUGAAAAAAUCACUCGAUUGUUCAGCUUUUUAAAAACAUUUUUUUUUCAAUGCUUUUAUACCUCGACCUGCCUAUCUUGAAGCAGACAAAUGACUGAUACUUGUAUAACUCAAUAGUAAUAUCGUACGUAAUAAUUUUCAAGAAAAAGUUAAAAUGUUUGUUGCCUAUUGUGAAUGGUUUGUUAUAUAGCUCUGUACAUCAGUUAAUGCAAUAAAACUUACUCAAAAUAAAAAAAUGUACCUAGUUCUCAAACGUAUUUUAGGAUUUUGACAUUAAUAACUUUUAAUUAAAAACAUGAUUAUAAUGGUUUUAAAUCUGUCUAAAAUACUAAUUAAACAGGUUUUAUGCUGAAUACACUGAAAGUGUCGAGUUGUUCCUUUUAGUUGUUUGUGUAGAACGUAGACCAAACAUGUGCAUUAUUGUUUGUGUAUUUAUGCAAUAAUAACCAACUUUGUCCGGUGUAGGAAUAGUCGCUAAUACUCACGAAUAAGAUCCAUACUAAGUAUUCCUUAAAUAUUGUUUUACGAUAUACCGAAGUGAUUCUCGGUGUCAUCAUUAGUAAAUGCAUAUCUUACAGGAAUUUUACUACAUAAUUGGUAUUUGAGGACUGACCACAAAAUAAAACCAUGAUCAAAUAAUAUAAAAUGAAUUAAAAUAUUAAAUGAAUAUUUUGUAUGGAGCAAAGUUGAAAGCUUGGCCUUAAUUAAACUUUUUACUGUUGUGUAGGAAGACACAGGAAUCAAGGCUAUCUGCCUGUUAGCAAGGGUAUUUAUGAUAAGGUCACGUACUUGUAAAUAUAUGAAUAUCAAGUUCGUGAUAGUAGUGAAAAUAUUGCCUACAAAUGUAGUGCAAUAAGUAUUUUAGUUUUUGGGUAUUUUUAUGAAGAAGUAUGUAUUUUUAGUUGAAUGAGAUCUUAGGAUAUUGUCGAGGACAGUAGUAGAAUUAAUUUGAUGGAUUUUAAGUGAAACCGUUCUCUGCCAAUGUAUGCAGUGUAUGCCAAUACCGAAUUCACCCACCAGACACCGCGUGAAUUAGCAUUAUACUAGAUAGAAUAUAGCAGUGGUACCAACAAGCAACCUGAGCCCCGAUUCUGCUAUUAACAAUAGCCAAUGAAUGAAUGAAAAUUGGCUCAAAUGACACUUUUUGUAUUCUCUUAAGCAUUUUUACUACACAAUCACACUCAAGGUCAAAACAAUUAGCUUCCAAUUAUGACAAAAUGCUUAAGGGAAUAGGAAUAAUUUCAAAUUGAAUUCUAUUGCCAUUAAUUCAACAGCCACUGUAAAUAGCAGAAUCGGGGCCCUGCAGUUUAAAUCUCAUUCCGAAAACUAUUAUCUACUCAUCAGAUAAUGUGUAUUCUGUAAUGUUCAUCACAUUUGCGCAACUACAGACCAAAUACAGGCUCCAUUGCAUUGUAAAUUAAUACAACGAAAUAUAUAUAGGUCUGAAUUAUAGUUUCAACAUUUCAAAUUUAGAUAAUAUUUUGCGAUUGUCUUUCCUUAUAGACUGUCUACGAUGUCUAUGGUUGAGUAAUAUGUGAUUAUGAAUAAAUUUUAUGUCAUAGAUUUUCCAUCUGUGAGAAAUUCGACGACUUUGCUUUCUUAUAACUAUUGAAAUUAUAUGUAAACUAUACCGAAAGAUGAACUAUGAUUUGUUUCCCGUUUUAUGCUUUUUCGUAUGUACUUGGUUUGCCUGACCACCGUGUUAAGAAAUCGUUAACAAUAAUAUGGAUUUCUCCGGAAAAUAUACAAAACUUUCUAUACAUAACAAGAAAUUAGAUGUAAAUAUAUCGUUUUACCCUA